AUGAUCAAGAUAUUCAAGAAGUCACUGAUCAAUUAUUAUUCAUCAAAUGAUAGUCUGCUGCAGGUUCUUAAAUCUCAAUCUAAUGGACAUGCGUAUUCUCCAAUUAGCCCAAAAAACGAUAAAAAUGCGACGAUUGUUUGGACACGAGGAACAAGAUGUGGUAGGACAUAUCUCUUCUCUCACAUCUGCCUGAAGGCAAUAUUCGAGAGAGAAAUACGCGAUAAAUCUACUUCCACAAUCAUGGAAACAUCGCAUGGAGGGAGAAUCAAUGGCAGGACCGUCGCGAAGGGCACGAAUUGUUUUAACUCAGGAAUUGGAAGAAGAAGAAGAAAGGAUGAGGUCGGAAAUUCAUCUUUCAUCGAGUCAGUUUAUAUCUAA